UAAAUUAAUUGAGUUCAUUUUCUUUUUUUAUUCUUUUUCUUAUUAUUAUUAAUGACUUUCUUUUUAAUUUUUCUUCUAUGGCUGCUCUGAUCUCCGACACUCUCCAUGAUGUCAGAAAGUGACAAAAUCGUAAUUUAAAUCCGCUUAUCUGCAGAAUUGUUCCUUCUGUAAUUAUUUGCACAGUCAAUCUUUGUAGAUCGCGUGCAACACGACCACUUCCUGUGCAUACUGUUUGUUUUUUGUUUUUCUUUGCAUAACUAACCUCAUUUGGAGUCUCUGUAGAUCAGGCCCUUAAUGUUAUACAAAGAAAGUUGACGUUUUUGGUAAAACUAACAACCUAUUUAUGGCACAAUUUAAUGGAAAUUGCAUAUUUGUCAGGAAGAAAAUCUUCUUUGAACGUCCCAAAACAGGAAGUAUAUUAAAUUCAGUGGACACAUCUUAGCAAAAAAAAAAAAGUCAGCACAGUUAAUUUUACAUAAAAAUAUUGAUCCAUUAGAUCCUUAGAUUUAUGUAAAAUGUAAUAAAUCUACAAAGAAUAUGUUGUCAAAAAUAACUUAUGUGAAUGAAUGAGAAAAUAAGUUAUGUUAGGUUCUUAUCCUCAUUUUCCCCAAAAAGUUGUCAGUAGUUUUUUUGCUUUUUCUCAUUUUAGAAAGAUGAAAGCUGCUCUUCUGGUCGCUGCCCUUGUCCUGCUGGAGGGAGGGACGCCAUCCUACACCCUUUAUCCUUAUGUGGAGCAGAACAACAGCUCUGUUCACAAUCAUAUCCUGGAACAGAAAUUUAACACGACCACAGUUCCUCAAGGGACAGAAAAGAGCAACAUUGGAGAGAAAAUACCCUACAAUCCUAAACCUUGUAUGAAGAAUCCUAACAACAACGCCUACGAAAACUUUGUUAACAAACACGUUCUGCAGACGGUGUUUGACACUUCCUCACCUUCUGCAUGGAAAGAUUACCUGCAAAAGUACAAUCUCUGUGACAGACCUCGGCAGUCCUUUGUUGAUAAAGGAGCUGAAAAUCUUUUUGUGAACAUCUGCAACGGCUUUGGGAAGCUUCUAUGGAACAACUUGUGCACCAGCACCCAGACAGUUUGGCUGCAUGAUCUCAAUGUCAAUACAUGGGAUUGCAGCAUUACUUAUCUAGAGAGCGGAAAUCGAUAUGUGACUGUUGCUUGUGACAUAGUCGACAACCGCUGCCUUCCUGUUCACUUUCAAAGCAGCCAAAACAAUGGGCCAAACAACAAUGCUCAAGAAUGCGGAGCCAUAAAUUAAUCUCUGGUUUGACAUCUGAAACGUCUUCCAGGUUUGGCAAAAAUGCUGUUUUGCGUCGCAAUAUAUCUGAAUCCAGCUUUAGUUCAGCCUUUUUCUGCUUUUAGUUUAGUUGAGUUUAUUUUAUAAACACAUCAGAGAUGUCACGUGAUCAAUGAAAGAUAAGGUACGAUUUACAGUUUUUAAUAUUUCAGCCUUGAGAACCUUUGUUGGUGGAACUCAAAAACUAAUUUCUUUUGUAAAACACCUGGGAGUUUUGGUUAUAAUUUUUGAAUUGAGAAGUUUUUCUUUCUUACCUAAUUAGAGUCGCCAUUAAAUAAAGUUUUUAGUCCAUAUGUCCAGAGCAUCAAGUUACCAUGACAACCAGCUACUUACAUGGAACAACAAAACUGUGACUUAAAUUUAUCUACGUCUCUGAAUCACAUAGAUCCCAUACAUGAAAAAUACUUGAUAUACUUUUGCAUCCCUGAUAAAUAUGAAGUAACAAUCAUAACAAUAAAGUUUUAUAUUUUACAGACAAAAGAUUAUACAUUUUCUAAGUGCUGUGAACAACAUUUAGUGUUUAAAUGAUUGUUUUGCUAAAGAUGUUUCCAAAGUUGUGCAGCAUGUUGAUUUGUUCUUUGCUUUGCUUCAAUAAAAUUUCAUAAUCAAUCA